AUGAGCAAAACCUAUGGUCCGAAGCCCAAAAGUUUCGCGUUGGAGGACGGGAACCGCUAUUAUAUUGGUGCGGAAGUUGGUCAGUACCUAAAGUAUGCUCGUGGGCAUCUUUACAAGCGCUUCCCUCAGCUCUACAAGCGAAUUGCUACGGCGGAAGAGAAGAAAACGAUUCAGCAGCUGGGCCUCUCCAAUGCCUACAUGCAUUCGACGAUUAUGCUGCUGAAAGAGACCGAAGUCGACGAGAUCUUCGAGGGACAAGAGGACAAAUAUCGAGCUUCAGCUAGUGGAGGUAAGGUUUUUUGAUUUUUCUUGGUUUUUAGAUGUUUUACAUCAAGCCUCAUGGAUAAUAUGAAAUAUCCAAAAAAUGGUCUAAACCUUGAAUUUUUAGGUGCGCCAAAGACGGAUCAGCGAACUGCCGCUAAGACUCAGCUAAAUUGGGCGUCUAGUCAGGUUAUCAGCGGUUCUCACCAUCUGGAAUCAGUUCCCUGCUCUACUCCCAGUGCCUACAAAAAGGGCCGUAUGACCAACCGCCAAUUCUGUUGUCCUCCGGACGACGAUGACGCCUAUCGCAGAGCGUUGGACAAUGCUCAGCAACCAGUGGAGCUGGUUCCAAUCAGAUUGGAUAUGGAAUUGGAUAACAUCAAGUUGAGAGACACUUUCGUCUUCAACAAGGUAAGUGAUUCCCAUUUUUUGCGUUCAAUUUUUAGAAUGAGAAGCUCAUCACCCCUGAGAUGGUGGCAGAAGCAAUUUGCGAGGAUUUGGAGCUGCCUAUUCACAUCUUCCUCCCAGCUAUCGCCCAUUCCAUUGUUCAACAGCUGGAAUCUCACACAGAAUUGCCGUUGGAGCCCGCCGGAACCGACCAAAGGGUGGUUAUCAAGCUGAAUAUUCAUGUGGGAAAUCAGUCCUUGGUGGAUCAAUUUGAAUGGGACAUCUCGGACAAGAAUAAUUCCCCCGAGGAAUUCGCUGUUAAAUUGUGUUCCGACCUUGGUUUAGGUGGAGAAUUUGUGAGCGCUGUAGCUUAUUCGAUCAGAGGUGAGUCUUUUAUAGAUUUUUUUUUUGAUGUUUAGGGACAUUUGGAUCUAGCUUCCCCAAGUUUUGACCUAAAAUAUUAUUUUAGAUAUAUAAAAUCAUUUUUUCGCAAAAUUUCUUUUAUCCUCAGGUCAAAUCGCUUGGAAUCAGAAGACUUAUGCGUUCAGUGAGUCUCCUCUCCCUAUAGUGACAUGCCCCUAUCGUUCCCCGUCAGACGCCGAACACUGGGGACCAUUUUUGGAAACGCUCACUGAUGCCGAAAUCGAAAAGAAAAUGAGAGAUCAGGACAGAAAUACCCGUCGUAUGCGACGACUCGUCAAUUCGAACCCCUAUGGAAUGUAA